AUGCGAUGCAACCGUAGACUCUUUGCGAAGGCGAAAAGUUUCGUACUGCUGACAACAGUCCUCACCUCCUUGAUAAUGUUGAUCACAUUUGUUAACCGACGACCAGGUAUCCUCCAUGGAGGACAGUACAGUGAGCUGGUGAGUUAUAAGUACACAAACAGCCGACGGCCGGGCGCCUUCCUCGCCGAGCGCAGACUGAACAACGAGAGCUAUUGCACAUUCAGGUAUGGUCUGCCCACGCGUUUUGGAUACCUGCCCGCCGACCUGGAGGGCAGUCCAGAAUCGAACGCAAAAUCGUCGUAUCGCGUGUUGUAUAAUGUGCUUGAGGCUCAGCAGUAUACGCAUUCAUUAACGGGGGUUGGCAAAGAUGGCAAGGGUGGUAAAACACACGAAGAUGUACUCAAUGGCACAGACCAGGUGACCUACGCUACGCACGUGACUCCUGAAUUUGUCGAUUACAUAUCAGAGAUUGCGCGCUCGUGGGAUGGUCUUAUCAGUGUGGCAGCGUUUGUUCCAGAUGAUGAUGCUGAUUUUGUGACGCGUCGUCUAAUGCAGGCGUGUCAAUGCCUACCUGAAAUGGCUAAGGUAUCUGUACACUAUGUCUUCCCAGCAGCGCAUCCUCCGUUUAUCGAAAGAUCAACGCAUAAAGAAGAGUUUACUUCGUGUGAAGUUUCAGACGCUUCCGAAACAAUGACCUACCGCACAACUAAACACCUACCUUAUCCUGUGAACUUAGGCAGGAAUGUGGCUAGAAAAGCUGCGUCUACGGAAUACGUGCUUGUCUCGGAUGUGGAACUGAUGCCGAGCGAACAUUUGGCAAAUAGAUUUAGCCAGAUGAUGCGGCGCUACGCCAAUAUGAAGCGACUCAAUUAUCCGUCCCGCGUCUUCGUCACACCGGUUUUCGAGAUAGAGAAAUACGAAGAGAUUCCACGCACGAAAAGCCAGCUGCUCAAGCUCAUCAGAGAAGAGAAAGCGUUGUAUUUUCAUAGGCACAUUUGUUCGCACUGUCAGAAGUUUCCCGGUUUGGAGAAUUGGCUGCAGCUGGAUUCUAAUACUAAUGAGAUUAAGCCGUUGACGGUGGUGAAGCGUGAGUAUCCGUUUCACCGUUGGGAGCCAAUUUACAUCGGCACGAAGGAUGAGCCAUUCUACAGCGAAGCGCUUUCGUGGGAGGGCAAACAGGAUAAGAUGACUCAAAUGUUGGAAAUGUGCCUUAAAGGAUAUCGAUUUGUGAUCCUUGACAAUGCGUUCCUCAUUCACUGGCCGGGUGUGAAGCGCAAGUCAAAUGAGCUAAUGAAGCGCAACAAGUGGCGUUAUCCGUACCUAAUGAAAAAUACACGACAAUAUAAUAAUAUCAUUAAUAAUUUAGCUACUAAGUAUAAACGAAAUUCCAAAUGUAAGGUGCAAUAGUUUAAGUAUAUAAGUACCGCCGUAAAUUUCUUUUUACCGUAUGCGAAAAAAGCAAUUUCAAUAUGUUCAAUAACAGAGAUGAAAAAAAAACAUACUCAUAAUAAUUAAACAAUACCAUUGGUUGUGAACUCACUCGUUAUGUUGUUGUUUGACGUCUGUUAUUAACAUAAACUGAUAAAUAUUAACUAAUUCAUAAUCAUUAUCAAUGCAUUCAACGCUAAACACGUCCAUACAAAGAAACAAAAUAUAUGACAAUGAUAUUAAAAGUGUGACAAAAAAAGAUUCAAAUAAGUAAAUCGUCAUACAUAGAAUGAUGUAGAUAAGUAGGUUGUUAUUGUUAAAAUAGCAUUUGAUAUAUUUUUUGCUAGUGCACAAGUACUAAGUUUUGUUCCUAACCAAACCUGUAGAAUAAUAGACUGUAUUAGUUAAGAAAGCGACAAAAAUACGAAACAGCAACUGCCUUUUAAAACUGAACAAUAUGUUUUUGUAAACCUAUGCACUUUGUUAAGUUAAUUUAGUUGUAAAUCAUGCUGCUCAAUCAAAUUGUAAAACUUUGCAGUAAGAAUAUAGCUACAAGUUGAAGUUACAGCUUUAAAAGUAGUGAUUUGAGUGGAUUUAAUUGUAAACACAAUUAGUUGGUACGCUACUACGAUGAGUUAAAUACUAAUAACAUUAAUUGCAAUAAUUUAAAUAUAAAAAGUAGUUAUCAAUUGUAAGUCAAUUUUCAAAACGUGUAUCAAUUUAGAGUCAAUCGAAAUUCUAAUAAUUUUACUAUGACGAUAAUUUAGUUAAUUAGUUGAAAAACUAUGACAUACACAAAACACUAGAGUGAGAAUUUUAUCGUCUAAAAUUAUUAAUACAACAAAAUCAUUCCAUGUAGAUAGUAAAAAUCUAAACAUCUCAGAUUGCACAAAUUUGAAAAUAUUAUUAAGCAUUCCAAUGCAGUAGUUGGUAGUAGUUUUACAUGAAUUAAUUGGCAAUACGAACCGUUUUUAAAAUGCCAAAGAUACUGUAGUUUUAUAGCAAUUUUUUAGGAAUAGAUUUGAAGCGUAGCAAUUAAAAAUUAUAACGAUGCCUAGGAAGCAUUUGUAUUGCAGAUCAUUUUAACAAUCUAGAUGAGUUUUAUUAGUUUAUGUAAGUUUACGUAAACAGUAUUUCACUCUUAAUAAUGAUGCGGGUUGAUUGUAAUGCAAAUACUACAAAACUCUAAUUAAUAAAAAUUAAAACUAUCAAGUUAAAAAUUUAACUGUUGAAAUACAACAUUAUAAUGCAAAAAAUAAAAAAAUAAUCUGAAUAAUAAAUAGAUAAUUUCAAUAAUAAUAAAAAUGAGUGAGAAUGGUUAAUUCAUUGAUAAGAGUAGAAGAGUAGAAAUAUCAAACAGCGCAGUUUUUAUGAUUAGUAAAUUAAUUAAGAGUUAUGUAAUGUAUACCUGAUUUAAGCAUAACAUUUCCUUUUUUUUUAUUUAAUUAAUUGAUUUGUGAUAAUAUAAAGUAGAAAUGAACUAGUCAACCACUGUUAUUGUUACACAUAAUAUUUAAUUUCAUUAAAAUACAAGUUUUUGUAGAAUAUAAAA